GAAUGGCGGCUGCGUGAUCGUCUUAAAACUGUAUCGGUAUCGCUUGUCCUCUGUUUGAAUAUCGGCGUGGAUCCUCCCGAUAUUGUCAAACCUAAUCCUUGUGCCCGUAUGGAAUGCUGGAUCGAUCCUUUUUCUCUCCCAACCCAAAAGGCAUUGGAGGCAAUUGGUCGUAAUCUGCAGCAGCAGUACGAGGUGUGGCAGCCGCGAGCAAGAUAUCGUCUGUCAUUAGACCCUUCAAUCGAGGAAACAAAAAAGCUUUGCUGCUCUUUGCGCAGAAAUGCAAAGGAUGAACGUAUCUUGUUUCAUUACAAUGGACAUGGUGUUCCUAAGCCUACACCGGGCGGUGAAAUCUGGGUCUUCAACAAAAACUACACUCAAUAUAUUCCUGUUUCUGUGUAUGAUAUUCAAACAUGGCUUGGAUCUCCUUGUAUUUUCGUGUAUGACUGCAGCAAUGCAGGCAAUAUUCUUGUUGCAUUCGACAAGUUUGCAACUCAACGAGACUGGGAAAUGAUGCGCGACGCGAAAUCUGCAGAGGCUGCCAAUGGAUCGGCUGUUAAGUGUAUUCAACUGGCUGCUUGUCAGCCUCACGAGAUUCUUCCCACAUCGCCCGAUCUCCCUGCAGAUUUAUUCACAUGCUGUCUAACAACCCCAAUCGAAAUUGCAUUGCGCUGGUUUGUCUUGCACAACGAUCUGGGAAGUAAAAUCACCUCGAACAUGAUUUUAAAAAUUCCUGGAAAACUGGCUGAUCGUCGUACUCCUUUAGGCGAACUCAACUGGAUCUUUACUGCCAUUACAGACACAAUCGCAUGGAAUGUAUUAUCUCCGGCAAUGUUUCAAAAACUAUUUCGGCAAGAUCUUAUGGUUGCUGCUCUUUUUCGCAACUUUCUUCUUGCUGAUCGUAUCAUGAGGUUCUACAAAUGCCAUCCCAUGUCUAGUCCAGUGCUUCCUGAAACGUAUCGCCAUCCUAUUUGGGACGCCUGGGAUCUGGCUGCAGACCAAUGCUUGCGUCAAUUACCUGCUCUUUUGGAAAGUGAGGCGGCACCAGCUGAAUCCACAGAUCCUAAAUCUACCUCGACAACUCCUGUAAAAAAAACAGAGUACAAGUAUAGUACCUUUUUUGCCGAACAGCUAUCCGCCUUUGAAGUUUGGCUUCGAAAAGGACCUAUAUCUCGUAAACCUCCGCAACAGCUUCCUAUUGUCCUGCAAGUACUGCUUAGUCAAGUACAUCGUCUUCGUGCUUUAAUGCUAUUGAGCAAAUUCCUUGAUCUGGGACAAUGGGCAGUCAAUCUGGCACUUUCCGUUGGCAUCUUUCCCUACGUGUUGCGAUUACUGCAAAGUCCAGCAGGAGAGCUUAAACCAGUUCUUGUAUUUAUUUGGGCUAAAAUUCUUGCUGUAGAUCCAUCAUGUCAAAAUGAUCUUAUCAAGGACAAUGGGUACACUUAUUUCAUCAACAUCCUCUCCGCAGACAAUACCAAUAUGCCGCAAAUCUCCAAUCUGUCUGAGCAUCGGGCCAUGUGUGCAUUUAUUCUUUCUGUAUUUUGCCACAACUAUCGCUUUGGACAGCAAGCUUGUUUGAAAACGGAUCUUUUGCAAGCUCUUGUGCCACAUCUAGAAGAUAAAGAUCCUCUUUUAAGACAGUGGGCAUGUGUGUGUCUAUCUGAGUUGUGGAAGGGAUACACUGAUGCCAAAUGGGUUGCUAUUGGACGCAAACUACCAGAUAUGCUAGCACACAUGCUAAAUGAUCAAGUCACCGAGGUACGCGCUGCAGCCAUGGCCGCUGUUGGCACACUUUUUGGAGAUCUAGAAAAAACACAGCCAGUACUACUGAUUGAGCGCAAGAUGGCCAUGUUUAUUUUAAAAUGUCAUUUGGAUGCAUCGGCACUUGUCAGACUCGAGCUGGUAGUUGCUCUUUCUAGGUUCACUCAACAGUAUAUAACACAUUUUGUCAGAGUAGCUCAGGAUUUACUCGAAUUUGAAAAAAAACGGUCGGCAGCGACCUUGGAUGAGCCUGGCAAUCAUAGCUCUGUCUAUACUAUAGUAUGGAAAGCACUAUUGAAUCUUUCAGUAGAUCCAGCAAAAAACAUUGCUCAGUUGGCAUCGCAGGUAGUGGACAAGAUCCAUUACCAGUUAUUUAUGACAUCUUCAAGUGAUCCCCGAGUUUUGCAAUCGCUUUUACCCUCUCUCGGUUCCGUCAAUCGUCCGCGUCCAUCAUCCAUUGCUGGCAUGCUUCCAUCUGGUAGCACUCCCAGUUUACAGUCACAUUAUAACCAGCAGCAACUCACGCAUCAAAACAGUCAGGCCAUUAAACGUUCGACAUCAUUUGUAACAUCGUUGCGAAAUCUUGCUGGGUUAAUGGUGGGGAGCUACGGUGCACAGUCUGAAACUACGCCUCCACAAUCAACCAAUGGAGUAUCUACCCUAAUGCGAGGUGCAUUGAAUCAGUCUGGUAAUGUUCAACAUGUUGGAUCUCCUAGUCUGCAUGCUCCUAGUGUGUAUCCGACGCAUGCAAUCACUGUCCAAUCUACAUUCUAUGAAUGGAGCUGUGCCUAUUUUAGUGAACCUCAAAUGAGAGUUCCUGAUGUUGAUGAUCCUGGAAGUGUCAAGUUUAUAGAAAGACAAUGGCGUCGUGAACGCAAUCUCAAAGUGAUUAGAGAGACCGAUGUGUUGUAUACUUACUCAUCUACUGGGAAAUUUGAGGAGCACAUUGGUAAUGUCCAGACUGAUCGACCCGCUCAUUUAAGCAUGUUUCAUUCAUAUGAGCCACUUGUUGUUACUGCUGACGAGCAGGUGAUUUCCGUUUACGACUGGCAAACAUCAACCAAAGUCAAUACGUUUUCGAAUGAUAACCCUAAAGGCAGCCGCAUUACAUCUAUGCAGUUCAUCAAUGAAGAGGAUGUGGCGUUGCUCUUGGCGGGAUCGGAUGAUGGUUUGAUUCGACUGUAUCGCAAGUUUGAUCAGCCAGAAGUUGAGCUUGUUUCUGCGUGGCGUGGACUUUCUGACAUUUUGCCAGGAUCAAGAGGUAGUGGAUUGCAUUGCAAAUGGCAACAAAGUAAUGGAUACUUGUUUGUUGGUGGUGAUUCGCGGGUGAUCAAAGUAUGGGAUGCUGAAGAAGAGUUGUGUGUUCAAGAAAUGCCAACCAGAUCGGUUAGCCAGGUUACUGGGGUUUCAGUUGAUCCUUCUGGCAUUAUGCUUUUAGUUGGAUUUAUUGAUGGAAGCGUGAAGCUAUAUGAUCGUCGACUUCCACCUACAGAAUGCAUGAUAGCAAACUUUUCGGAAUCGCAGAGCCGUGUACUGCAAGUAGCCUAUGUUGGAUACCAACAUCAAGAAUUUCUUAUGGGUACGGCCAAUGGUGAUGUUAUGUUAUGGGACAUUCGACAGCGUGCAAGAACACUCAAGAUUGAUGCUGGCAUUACGGAUGUUGAGAUUAACGGAUUUAGCAUUCAUGAACACGGAUUACUUGUUGGAUGCGGAUCCAAUACCCAAAACAUUCGUGUUUUAAAUCUUAUGGGCGAAACAGUUGGUGCAAUUCGAUACAACGAAGGUUUCUUACAACGCCAGGCUUCACCCAUUCAUUCCCUUGCAUUCCAUCCUCGCCGACUAGUUCUUGCUGUCAAUACAGCCACAUCAGUUUCGUUUUUCAAAUCAAAUGCACAGAAUUUUGUAUCUUCGUUUUAAAACUGCACUAUCUGGAUCAAAGUGAGCAAUUUAUCAUUUCAUUAGUCAAGUUUUUAAUUUUGGCAGUUUUAUUACUGAUUUGAAACUCAAGUGUGUGCCAACUCCUUACUCGACAUAAUAAAAUAUACAAUGUUGUC